UUUGAACCAUGUGAUUGAAUCAGCUGACAUUCAUAACACGGCAGUGGAACACAAAAUCAAGGAAAGAAAAUAAGAAACGGGGUAAAGAUGGAGCCAAGGAUGGAAAAUAGAGUAGGUCUUCUCUCUCCGCUGGAGGAAUCCAGCGCUGAGGUAAGUCGGGACAGUGGAAUCGUGUCGCAGAGUGAGAGCAGUUUAUCCAUGUUGAGCGAAGCCCUAAGCAGUGGCACUGUGUCGCAAAGCCCCAGCUUCAGCGCAGCCGUUUCGCAAAGCGCUAGCUUCAACGUCGCACAGUCCGAAACGGAGCCGGACCACGACCAGGAGGAUGAGAUUAUAAAACACACCGCACUCCGAUACUCUGCCUACAUCAGAUCUACUGCUGUAGAUGAGAUCCUGUGUUUGGAGAAGAGUCUGGAGGAAAUGCUUACUAGGGUGGAUGAAUUUGUUGGAAUGCUUGAUAUGAUCCGCAAUGAUACAUCACAAAUUGUCAAUGAGAACCUACCUCAAAUCUAUAGAAAAUCAGAAGAGAUGAGACACAUAUACAGAAAGAUUGACAAGUUGGAUGUGUUUGUGAAGAUGGUUGGAGCCAACGUCAGUGCCAUGGAGGAGCAGGUCACACUGGCAGAGGGGGAACAAGGAACCCUGCCCGGCGCCUUUAGAAAGAUGUUCCGCACAAUGAGUGUCCCAGGUUUUCUAAAUAAACCAGCCAGCCCCAGAAGACAACAGCACCAGGAGCUCCCCCCAGUGUUCAGAACAGACGAUUAUUUCGUCCCACACCUAGAACACUGAAAGUGUGUCUUGAAUGGCAACUUCUUUACACAGUGUACAGCUAUAAACUAGUGCCAAUUGGGCUCUGUAAAUCAGUAGUGCACUACAUUGGAAAUUGGAUUGCCAUUUAGGAGGCCUGCAGCUCUCAAACUGGCCCAUUGUUUUCUAGACACAGAUUGUACAGCAUACCUAAUGUAUCUGUAUCUUAGCAUGUUGCUAAAAAUAGUAUAGCCAUAGGUCAUGGCACAACUUGCAUGGUAACUAAUUGCUGUAUAUCUAUGUCGAUAUUCAGUAGAUAUACCGACCCAUCCACCUAGAGUCUGAGGUACUCUAUCACACACAGUGAUUGAUUUAACUCCUCUAAGCGACCUCAGUCUGCAAAGCUGUCCUGACUGGACCAAAGCUAUUAAGAUGGAUAUUGCUCUGGAUCUGUCCUGACUAUAGAGACAAUCCCACUAGUUUCCUUGGGACUGAGGAUCUUUUGAAACAAUGAUCUCAAUAAGAAAAGUAGUGGUGGAUCUCCCACUAAUAAGUGACUGUGAAGAUACUGAAGAAAUCAGAUGCUAGAUAGACAACAAAAUAGUGUUGUCUAUCGAAGUACUUACAUUUUUUAAGUCAGUGACUAUUUCCUGUUAAUUGAUUUUGUGGUCACCUGUUGAAUUCCUAUUUCAAAUUAUAUUUUUAACUACAUGUGUAGUCUCACCUACAGUACUGGAAGUGUAUUACAUUCAAACGUGGCUAAUUAAUGAUAACUGGCACUUAUUCGUUCUGUUCGUGGGCAUCUAUAUAGUGCUAUUGUUCACUAUAUGUAUGGCGCUUGGGAUUCUUCACAAACAUCACCAAGCAAAGGACAUUUUGUCAAAGUUGUUUUCUUAGAAUGUUUGGCAGUAAUAAUUAACAUAUCUAAAAUACUUACUAAUAAAGUGGUUUCUUUGUUA